UUCUGUCACAGCUGCCUUUAAAGAUCAGUUAGUCUCGUGAACAAGAGUACAGCUCAGUUGAUAACUAUGUGCAUAAACAACACUAACAUUACCACCAACUGCCAUGUGGAGCCCCUUCAGGGUUUGGCCUACAGUCCCGUGUUUCUUCUGGGUGCACUCGUCAAUGCGGCAGCUCUGCAUGCCUUCAUUUCAAAGCGAGAUUCCUGGACAGACACACACAUCUACAUGUUCAACCUGGCUGUCGCCGAUUUUGCCUUCAUCCUCUUCCUUCCCUUCAGGAUCUACGACGCCUUCGGCUGCCUGGAAAAGACCACCUUUUGCACUUUCCUCCUGUACAUGCAUUUCAUUAACAUGUACGCCAGCAUCAUGACCAUGACCGCCAUCAGCAUCCAGCGCUACCUGAUUAUAAGGUUCCCUCUGCAGGCCAGAUUUUGGAGGAAGAAGAAGGAGGCGGCCUUUGUUGUUUGUCUGUUUAUCUGGGCAACUCUCCUGACUAUAUGUGCCAUAUUCCGGAAGGAGAAUUACCCCGAGAAUCUCUGGACAUGUUAUGAAAGACGCAAAGAUCAAGCGCUUAAAAUACAAGUUAUUGGGAUUCUGAUCUGCAUGGGCUUCCUCACUCCACUGGUCAUCAUUGUCUUCUGCUCCAGUCAGAUCAUCUCUAUUCUGACAAAGACAGAUGACAAAUCAGAGCAGAGGAAAAGCAUAGUUUAUAUCGUAAAAGCAAACAUGAUUGUGUUCAUCGUCUGCUACACGCCAAUACAUGUUGCCUUCCUGGUUAACUACAUGUACACUCCGCCUCUAAACUGGCAGGAAGUAUCCACGCCUCCACAUGUGUAUUUACUUGUGUCUGAAUGGAUUGCCGCUACAAACUGCUGUUUUGAUUCUAUUAGCUACUAUUUCUUACUGAAACGGUUUUAUUCAUAAGUCUUAAAUUCACAGUGUGUGUGUGUGGGGGGGGGGAUGAAAUGAGACUUUCGUUGUGCCUUGGUGUUUCCCUAAUUUGAAAUGUGUAGUUAUAAAGAAAUAAGCAUUUUAGGGAACAGGGAAGGUGAAAUGAAGAUUGCUAUUCAGCUGUGGUGUUUUUCUUCUUUUGUGAGAUUACCAAUUUAUUAGAUAGACAGACUACUUUUAAGUGUACAAUCACCUGAUUAUGUUACUACUAUGGUUUUACAAGAGCCCACAGUGGACAAACUAACCGUCUUUUGAGUUUUAAUGACAACUCAAGGCUACAUCGUGUAGGUUUCUCCAAUACACCUGGAGGGGAAGGAUGAGCUAAUGCAAAAAUAAACUUCUUCAGCUGAUUCCUCAAGUUGACUAAUAUUAAUAGUUUGUUUUUACGAACCCUGAUUUAGUGGAGGUGUUGGGUUGGUGGCAGAUCUUAUUGGGCACUUGUUUUCUGUAUUUGGACAAAAAAAGGUCCACAUUAUUGUCUUUUUUUUUGGUGUAGACACACUUGUAGUUUAUGGUAAAGAUAUGUUUAGGUUAAAGUUAGUCUUAAACUCACUUAUUAUUAUUGCUCUCUCUGUUGAUGUUUAGAGCCUUACAUCAGACCAAGAGACAGACAGUGUUCAGUCACUGCACAGACACCCAAGAGUUUAGGACACUCACUCCCUCUGCAGAGGCUACAUGCAUGGAGGCCAGUGUCCAGCUCCCUCUUGUGGAAAGAGAGGUAAAUGCUUAUGAGGCGUUUCCUGUUCUGGUCGAUGCCUGUGAAACAACCUUUUGAUCUGAUGGGGAAACAUUUCUCUUUCAAAGAAAAUAAAGUGCAGUGAUGAUGCACACAUCACCACAGCUGUGAAGCAGCAGAGCUGCCUCUGUAGACGUGUGUUGUUCGUGUGGGCAUGUGUAUAAUGGUGCGCCUUUAUUUCUGUUAGUGUGUUCAGAAUGCACACACAACAACGUCAGCAGUCAAGUGAAUAAUCAUUUAAUAGCAGUACUCCAAAGACUGAUGGUUAUUAUAACAGCAGUAUCUUAGCAACUGCAACAGAAACUCAGCAGUCAAAUGAGAUGGCUCAGUUCUGGCUGAGAUCAGGCCCAUGAUUCUACUCUAACAACAAGAAAGAAACAACUGAGCUCAGCAGUCAUUCAGAAUCACGUCAAUACUGUAUGUACAUUUUAUUCACAGGAUCAUCACUGAAAAAAACGCACAAACCAAGUAAAUCAAAAACCUCACACCUUAAACACAGUCUCGUCUCAGAAGAGCUUUAAUGUUCCCCACCCACGAAAAACCAAACUGAUACACUAUAACCAUCAGCAUGACUAUUUACACUAUUCACACAUGAUGCAGGACAGCUCCUUUUCAGAAUGCAAAAAGAUGUGCUUUUUCCUUAUUACUGCACACAGCAGAAUGACAAUCAACAGAGAAGAACGCACACAUUCGUUUUUACUCGAGAUGGUGAGAAUCACUUUCAAGAUCCCCCAGUAUGGCAGUUGGUUGAAGAUGACAAGAGAGUCACUAAGACUACAAGGAAAGGCAAAAAAAAAUGAGAUGUGCAGCGUUCCCGCUCAUCAUUCCUGUCCACGCGAAGGUCUGCUUAUGAACUACUUAUCGAUCACUAUUAUUACAUGUUGGCUACUCUGGAUUAAACACAGUCCAUGUCAUUGUUACAAUAUCAUCAUAAAGGGCAUGACAAAAUGUCUGUAUUUAUUCUUACAUAUGUACAGCACGUGAUGGGUGAGAGUAGUUUAUAAACAGACCCCCUCCUCCAAAAAAAAACAAAAAAACAAACAAACAACAAAAAAAAAAAUGGUCAGCAUCAGCAGCAUCUCACAGAGGGAAACAAUUUCAACAGUACAAUCUGAUCGGACGUCUAAAUGAACGAACAUAACAGUCAGCAUGGAAGGGCAAACGCAGACACAGUGCAUGUACAGUAUACUGCGAUAACUGAGUUCUCCAUCCCCACAGUAUAUGAAACAGGUGCACUGCUGAUUGAAAUGGUCUUCAUGGCACUUUCAGUUUUUUUUUUUGUUUUUUUUGCUUCAGUAAUCAGUUAAUCAUUCAUAAGUUGGGUUUGACAUAAAGAUGUAAAAAACA